AUGAAACCCACACAGCGGCUUUACGUGCAGUGCAACCCACUGCUGGACAUCUGCGCUAACGUCGAUCGUGAGUUCCUGCAGAGGUACAAGAUCGUGGAGAACACCUCGUCGUUGAUGUCAGAUGAGCAUCUCGGGAUCUACGACGAAAUCGAGAAAAAGGACAAGGUCGUUUACGUCCCGGGCGGCUCUGGCCUGAACACGGCCCGCGUCGCGCAGUGGAUUGCGCAGGCCCCGAAGGGGACUUUCGUCUCCUACGUCGGCUGCAUCGCGAAGGAUCGCUACGGGGGGAUUCUGAAGGACUCAGCCGAGGGGGAGGGGUUGACGAUGAUCCUCGAGUACACCACCGAGGCCCCAACCGGGACCUGCGCGGCCUGCAUCGUCGGCAAGGAGCGCUCCCUCGUGGCCAAUCUCGGCGCGGCGAGUCAUCUUUCCCCGGCCCACAUCGAGGGCCCCGCGGUCGCCGAGGCCCUGAAAAAAAACCAACUCUUCUACCUGACCGGUUUUACCCUCACGAUUGAUGUGAACUACGUUCUAAAGGUCGCCCGUGCCUCUCGCGAGGUCAAUGGUGUUUUCAUGAUGAAUCUUUCCGCCCUCUUUAUCGUGCAAUGCUUUACGGAUCAGCUGCGAAAGGUUCUGCCCUAUGUGGAUGUCCUUUUUGGGAAUGAGGAUGAGGCCCGAUCGCUCGCCAAACUCCACGGCUGGGACACCGAGGACGUCGCGGAGAUCGCGCGCCGGGCGGCAGUGGAGCUUCCCUACGACGACCAUCGUGAUCGCCUCACCGUCUUCACCCAGGGCGAUAAGUUCACCGUAUUUGCCAUGAAAUCGGGCCGAACGGGAUCCGUCCCGGUAAAGCGGAUUGACUCCCAGAAGAUUGUCGAUACCAACGCCGCGGGGGAUAGUUUUGUUGGAGGUUUCCUGGCGGCAUACGCCUCGGGAUUUGAGAUUGAGCGCUGCUGUGAAGUUGGGAAUUACGCCGCGGGGGUGGUGAUUCAGCACAGUGGAUGCACCUUCCCUGAGAAGCCUGACCUGACGUUCUGAGACCAUUAUUUUGUUGUGAUAUGAAAUUAGAUUAAUAGUUAAGAAUUUUUAUCUAUAUUUUUCUUUCUCUCUCAUUAUAUAUGCAUUUAACUAUUAAUUUUAUGAGUGCGUACUCUAAAAUUUUUUUGAAUUAUUUAUUACAGUCGAACUCCAUAAUAUUUAUUACUUCAGGUAUUUUAAUACGUUUUAAUUAUAUCAAUGGGUAAAUCUAUGCGUAUAGCUACCUGAAUAUAUUUAUAUUUUUAUAUAUUUUUAAUGCUUAGGGAGUGAUUUAUACCUUUGUUAACUCUUUAGAUUUUUUUUGCAGUACUUACCUUACAAGUCUAAAGUAAAAAUGUAAUCGGGUGAAAACAGAGACGACUCGUGCUAAAAUUUUCUAAGAAUUUUUUUUUAUCAAGUUAGCGGUUGUUUUACCAAUUAGUUAAUCCUGAUUAGAACUUGCUUUUCCAACGAAAAGCAAUUGGGCAACCGAGGCAGUGUGAAGCAGCGUGACAUCCAUACUUCUUCCUCUCUACCAAGAUUUUUUUCAUUCCCUUAUUACAUUGUGUUCAUUCAGUAAUGACAAGACUGUCGAUACAGCCUUGCAGCCUAUAUUUCUGUCGUCAUGCACCGUUUCCUUUUAUGUAAUCCCGCCAUUCUGCGCACUCGAUGGUGGCUUGACUGACGAAACUUCUACAUUACGCGCUAUCGUCAACAUGACCACAUAAUAACCCGGCAUUGGCUAGUUUUGUGCGGAAAAUCGGCAAGGCCCCUGUCUGGAUGGGAUCGCCUUUUAUGGGAAUUUUGCGGUUCUUUGUUCUCUGUGCGGAGGUGCUUGCCAGAUCUGCCGCACCGAUCAAUCAUUUCGCAAGCGGAAGGAACCGUUUUGAUCAGAAGUGUUGAGUUUUGCUUAUCUCUAUUCUUUUAUGCAUUCACUUUAUUUUUAAUGGAAGCGAUUUUUCAUAUGUUGCUUUCUUUAUUUGCAUAGUGUUAUUGCACUUCAGACCAUUUCGUUGACCUUUUUCCCGUUUCGAGGAAGAAACCAAGGCAUAGUUCAUAAAAUGAA